AUGGCGCGGUCGAAGUACGGGGGCGCAGGAGCGACGCGUGGCUUCGCGGAGGGCGCGCCAAUCGUCGGGGCGCCGCCGCCGACGGGGAAUGGCACCCCUGUGCAAGCGAAAAGCGCACGCCCGGACGUCGCCGCCCUGCGCUCGGGCGCGGCGGCGCGCGAUCGAACGAUUUUGAAAGCGCGGCGCGAAGCCGCGGGGGCGAGCGCGCUCUUUGAGAAGGUGCGCGAGGACGCCUUUCUUGGGCGGACGUCGCGGCCGAUUUCUUUUCCGGCGUCGGCGGCUGCGGCCGAGAUCGCGCGAGCCAUUGGCGACGACGCGCGAUUGUCGCCGAGGCCCCCCGCGGCGCAGAGCAAACCGGACUGGGGCGUCGAAAUCAGGCCUGUCGCUGACGGCGCUCGCGCUGGCAUUGCCGAGGCGACCAUGCCGGGGGGGGAAUUCGUCGUGGACGGGGUCAAUCGCGCGAUUGCGGCGUGCCGCGCCUUCUUCGGGGGGCACGGCGUGGCGGAAGGCGGACGUUGGCGCCGCGUGCAGGCCAAUUCCGCUCGCCCCAGGCCGCGCGUUCGCAGCGUGGAGCGCCUUCUUGGCGGACGGCCGUCUGUGGGUCUCGCAGCAUUUCGCGCCCCCGUUCGGAGCAUCGGGGUCCGUCCAUGGGCGGGGCCGAGUCGCCGCCUUCCUUGGGCGCGCCGCGCGGCGCCUGCUGCGGACCCCGCGGGCCGGCAUGUCGACGAUUACUUUGCCCCUGACGCCGUGGAAUUGGCAGCGCAUUGCAUGGGAGUUUUUGCGCGGCUCGCGCGUGCCAUUCUCGGGCCCGGCAGCAUUUCCAGCGGCAAGCUCGAGUGGGGCAAUGAACUUUGGGUUGGCGCGAUCGUUCGCGCGGUCGAGUCGGGCAAAUGUGAGCCGGGCGCGGCGUCGAUCUUGGCCGGGGGCCCGCUGAGCGCUGCUGCCUGCGUCGGCCGGGUGGCGCAGCGGCUCGCGAAGCGCUCGCUUUCCCGCGCACGCCCCGCGGCGCGCGGCCGCGGAGAGACGCGCGGGGAGGUCUCGGACGCGACGGUCUUCGACAAUUUGCUUUGCGCGUGCGGUUUGCGGCGUCAGCCGCUUGCGUUUUACGUCGGGCUUGUCGCGUAUUUCAAAUGCAGGAUGUUCCAUUGGAAGCAUCUGGCAGACGUCAAAGCCGAUUUCAGCCAGGGGGCGCGGCUGGGGCGGCGGCGCCGGAUCAUCUGCGCGCAGCGUUGUGCCCCGGCGGCGCGCGCGGCGAUCCUGCGGCGAGCUCGCGAGCGCGAGGUGCGGUCGAGGCCGUCGUCGAGUAUGCUGUCUCGCGCGCAAACCAAUUGGCCGCGCCCAGUGAGCGCCCUCGACGGCGCCGCGGUAAUGGGCGCGUUUGAACGCUGGCGCUUCGCUGCGAGGGCGCGCCUGGACGCGGCCUUUGGCAGUUGCCCUCUGUCGGCGCAGUGCUGGGCGUCCGCAGUGCGUCGGUGGCGACGCUUCUCAAAGCGCGCUCUUGGGCGGGGGCCCCCGCCCCCCAUCGGCGCGGAGAGCCUCCAGAUCGCCGGCGCGCUGUUCCGCGUGAGCGGCACGUUCGCAGAUUAUUGCGAGCGCUGGCGCGCGGCAUCCGAGCCGUCGUUGUCGUCGACGGCCGCCUUCGGCGAUCGAUCCGCGCAGCGCGCGCGAUUGGGCAUCGCGAAGCGGCGCCUGGCGUACCCGAGAGUGAAGCAUUUCAUGCAGCACGCCCUCUUUUCCAGAGUCGUCGAAGCCGGCAUCUGGGGCCCGGUGGCCGCGUCAGUCAGAAGGGGCGUGGCAAUGCUCAUGUGUUUCGGGUUUGCGUUUCUGUUGCGCCUACCUUGUGAGGGCUGGCCCGCUGUCUUCGAUGGAUCGGCACUCAACGAGCAGCGCCGGGCGUCGGCGCGCCUCUCAGAAGAGGCGUUGAGGUUUGUUCUUGCAGCGGCGGCAGCGGCGCAUGAAUUCAGAACGACUUGUUACAAUUCGGCGCAAGUGGUGGCGCCGCACUGA